CUUUGGUUUUAUACCCCUGAAUUUACAAAACCAUAUCUCUAGUCUCUUGCAGCCAAGAGAGAGCCAGAGAGGGAUUCAGCGAUUUUCUUCUGCUGUAUUUUAACCACCUCUUGAGCAAUGAAGCAUAACAAUGUUAUUCCUAAUGGCCACUUUAAAAAGCACUGGCAGAACUAUGUCAAGACAUGGUUUAACCAACCUGCCCGCAAAACAAGGAGACGCGUCGCUCGUCAAAAGAAAGCUGUGAAGAUCUUUCCUAGACCUACAUCGGGUCCUCUUCGCCCGAUUGUUCAUGGAAUGACAUUGAAGUAUAACAUGAAAUUGAAGGCUGGGAGAGGAUUUACUCUUGAAGAACUCAAGGCUGCAGGUAUUCCAAAGAAACUUGCCCCUACAAUCGGAAUAGCUGUUGACCAUCGAAGGAAAAACCGGUCUUUGGAGGGUUUACAAACCAAUGUUCAGAGGUUGAAGACCUACAAGGCCAAAUUGGUUGUUUUCCCAAGACGUGCUCGCAAGGUCAAGGCUGGUGACUCUGCUCCUGAGGAGCUGGCAACAGCAACCCAAGUCCAAGGGCAUUACAUGCCAAUUGUACGUGAACCCCCAACCGUGGAACUUGUUAAGGUCACUGAAGAGAUGAAAUCAUUCAAGGCCUACGACAAGCUACGCAUAGAGAGGACUAACCAGCGCCAUGUUGGUGUUAGGAUGAAGAGAGCUGCAGAGGCUGAGAAAGAAGAAAAGAAGUAGGAAUUGUUUGUUGUUGUCUAUCACCAUUUCAAAGUUUACUUUGGACUGCUUUUUUGCAAUUUAUUUUCAAGUAUGUUUACUGGAAUUUUCUCAAUUAUUAGUGCUAGUCUCAAUUAAUGUUGCGUUA